AUGAGAACCAUUGAGGAGACUAGAAAGAGAUGGGCCGUCCUGUUCUCCGACAACAACGCGACUUGCGAUCUCCGAGCGGCGCUAGGAGCCGAGAAAGGAGACCUGUGCAAUGACGGCCUGCGGUCCGUUUGCUGGAAGGCAUUUUCCCUUUUUGACGGGUCGGAUCGAAAUGAUUGGGCGUCUAAGCUCGAUGAAUCCCGGGACGCCUAUCGUGCGCUGCGAGACCACUACUUGAAAUACAUCGAACACCCAGAUGAUUUGGAGUCCACGAUCGAUCCGCUGGCGGAUGAUGACCAGUCCCCUUGGCAGACGCUCCGACACGACGAGACGCUGCGCGCCGAAAUCCUUCAAGAUGUCGAUCGAUGUUUGCAAGAAAACGCGUUUUUUCAAGAGCCCGAGACGAAAUCUAAGUUGACUGACAUCCUGUUCGUCUACUCAAAGCUCAAUCCGGACGUCGGCUAUAGGCAAGGAAUGCAUGAACUACUCGCACCUCUUCUUUGGGCAGUAGACCGCGACUCGGUGAAUUCGCACUCAUUCGAUGCCAACGAGGGAGAAGGCGAGGCUUUAAUGCUAAAGCUCCUCGAUCAUCAAUUUGUGGAACAUGAUGCAUUUACCCUAUUUCUCUAUGUCAUGCAAACAGCCCGCACAUACUAUGAGCACAGUGAAACACGGGCGGCAAAUGGCCAGAUGGAUGUCAUACCGAUAGUUGACCGAUGUCAAUAUCUUCACAAGGAAGCAUUGGCAAUCAUUGAUCACGAGCUUGCUGAGCAUUUGGAAGCCGUCGAGGUAUUACCGCAAAUAUUUCUGACUCGCUGGAUGCGCCUUCUAUUUGGUCGGGAAUUUCCAUUCGACGAUGUCCUGAUGAUGUGGGAUCUACUAUUUGCUCAUGGAUUGCGAUCUGAUCUUAUUGACUUCACGUGCAUUGCAAUGCUGCUUAGAAUUCGCUGGCAAUUGCUUACGGCGGACUAUACAACCGCGUUGACAUUGCUACUCCGUUACCCUUCACCCCAGCCACACACCCCUCAGACAUUUGUACAUGAUGCACUUUAUUUGGAACAGAAUCCUACGGCCGAUCGAGGAAGGUUCAUCAUAUCCAAAUAUUCAGGCAGGCCACCCGAGUCAAAAAGUCGCAGCCAGUCCGAAACGCGGCCCGCGAGAAGGGCAUUUCUCUGGGAAGACUUUAGGAGACGCAGCGGAAGUAGCUCACCUGUCAGGUCAACAGCCCGAAACAGUCCAAAAAGUCUCGAAUCCCUUUUCCAGGAUGUCUCUCAAGGGAUACAACGUCGGACGGAGUCCUGGGGCGUAGCGAAGGCUGUUCGAGGUGCCGUCACUGAAGCGAGGAAAAACAUGCAGACUAUGCAUUUUGAACCAAAUCUGCGCCCUAGCUCCUCGAGACCUGGUUCCGCUACAUCGGCCUCAGAUACACAAUCGAAGGCCCACUCUGCAGCUGCGGCGACCUCAGCCGGGCUACAGACGAAGAUUAAUUUACUUGAAGAAAGAAACCGAGCUUUGGCUGCUACUUUGCGCCAGGCACUGGAUGACCUUGGUUCGGAAUUGGCAAAUGUCAAGAACCUUGACGCUGAUACGAACAGUGCAUUGAAGCGGGCUCUGGCCAAGGCUGAGAGUGUGCAAGUUUCUCUCGAAGACCCUUCCCUCCCAGUAAAUCCUUCUCUGGAUUCUCGUGUAGACGGUGAGCCGAAACCACUGGAUGCGUCACAACAAACAGUCACCGCAAAAACGGGCAAAGCUGAGGGCAAGAUUGUGACGGACCUGGGUCAGUUGCAAUCACCAAAACUCGGCAACAUGCAUAGCACUGAACCGGCAGCCAAGCGUGGGGCUUCUAGUCCUGUCUCUAUCGGGACGGCCAAUCGAGCAGGCACCGACAAGAAGACUGAGAGACCACGGGAAAUUCCCUCCCGGUCAUUCGUGCGACCGUCGAUGACGGAUUCUGGAUUCUCAUGGAUGCUUGGCGGUGGUCGGAACCUGUCGGGCUUUGUUAGCUCAACGUCGCCGCCACCGGAGCAAACUCGACGUUUGGACCAAUCCCGAGGAAAACCAGCAAAACCCAAUGCCUUGUUCGGAUCUGCCGGAGAUGAAAAUCCAGGGUCCGAUCCCGAGCAGGGUGAAUUGCCGCUGCACAGCCUUCGGGGCUCAGGGGACCCUCUGUCAGGGGCCGGCCCAUUAUGA